AAGCUAGUCGUUAAUAAAAACGCGGUGUUGAUCGCGAGCUGGUUUUACUUGACUUUACUUAUCAGUCAAGUUCAUGUUCAGUCUGUCGCGUUAGUUAAUAGUUGUUAGCAUCUGACUUGCUGGUGGUUAUUUUUGUACCAAGUUUGAUAAUAACCGUAAAGUAUGGAUGCCUUCAAGAAAGGAUGGUUCAGUGAGUUCAACGACUUAUGGCCUGGUAUCAGUGUUUCUUUUGAAGUUACUAAAAUUUUGCAUCAUGAAAAAUCACAGUUUCAAGAUAUUUUGCUAGUUGAUACAAAAGCCCACGGAAGACUAUUGGUCCUCGAUGGAAUAAUCCAGUGUUCCGAGAGCGAUGAAUUUUCAUACCAAGAAAUGAUUUCUUUUUUACCACUCUGCACUCAUCCAAAUCCCAAAAAUGUUCUGAUAGUCGGUGGAGGUGACGGUGGAGUAGCCAGAGAAGUAGUUAAACACCCAGGAGUAGAGCAUGUAACUCAGGUAGAAAUCGACGGACGUGUUUUGGAAUUAUCACGUCAAUACUUACCUUCUUUAGCCUGUGGGUUGUCGCAUCCCAAAGUAACUCUUUACGUUGGUGACGGGUUUGAAUUUAUGCAGAAACAUUCUCAGCAAUUCGAUGUUAUCAUUACUGAUAGCAGUGAUCCUAUUGGACCAGCUGAAUGUUUAUUCCAAGAAUCAUAUUUCGCGCUUAUGAAGACAGCAUUGAAACCCGGAGGCCUUGUUUGCAGUCAAGCCGGAACAAUUUGGUCUAACGAUUUGCAAGUCGAAAAAACAUUGGAACACUGCAAGUCAGUUUUUCCAGCCGCUUCCUAUGCAUACACUUCAGUUCCGACUUAUCCCACCGGACAAAUUGGUUUCGUGAUGGGAAGUUUGAAUCCCAACACAAAAUUUGGAGAACCAGUUAAAGUAUUCACAGAAAAUGAAUUAGAUGAAAUGAAGCUUAAAUACUACGAUGAUAAAAUCCACAGGUCGUCGUUUGUGCUUCCUAGAUUUGCUGCUAAAGCAAUUAAAAAUUUAGUCAAGUAAAUUAAUUUAGAGAUUAAUAAAAAAUUUAUUAACGUUA